AUUUGAACAUAACCAUAUUGAGUUUCUGAAAAUCGAGAUUCGAUUCUUGAAAUUUAUUUUUGUUUGUUUUGGAUCGCGUUGUACCAUCAUCAAUAUCAACAUCAUCAUCGUUGUCAUCGUCGUGAUCAAUUGCAUUCGGUGUCCUCAUUGCCCAUUUUUGUGAUUGGAAAAUUCAAUCACAAAUCCAUUUUUUUUCUGUAUUGAAAACACUGUAAUAAUCUGAUAAUCAGGAAGACGGCCAAAUGGUUGAACCAUCAGAUUCGAGUUUGGCAUUCUUCCAAAAAGCAUCGCCAAAACAAUGGCGUUUUGUAUAUGAGCUUCGUCGUGAUGCUAUCAAAUUGAAGGCCGAUCAACGGUCAUUUAAAAAAGGUGGACCAGAAGAAUUCAUCAAAUUAGAUACAUGGUUUCGUGAGAAGCUACCACAAAUGAUACAUUCGCGUAAAGAUCCACAUGUUCUUUACGAAGAAUUGGUUCAAAUCGCCAAAUGGCGCCUUAUGAUGGGUAAAUAUCGUCCUAAGAUGUUAGAUUUGGUUCGUAUUAAUACAGAAACGUCAGUGGUCAAUAUCACAAGAAAAGCGUUCAAAAAGAUGCACCAUCAAAAAAAUCUUCAACAAGCCAUCACACAAUUGGUCAAUCUUAAAGGUAUUGGCCCAUCCACUGCUUCUGCUGUGUUGGCUGCCGCUUAUCCCGAACAAGCACCAUUCAUGUCCGAUGAGGGUAUGCUUUCGACACCAGGCGUUGAAGCCACAGAUUCGACCAUUGCUGAAUUCAACAAUUAUUCGGAACAACUUCGGAACAAGACUGAAUCGCUCCGUCAAUCAGAUCCAGAUUACAAAUGGACUCCACAUAAAGUAGAUCAGGUGUUGUGGAUAUAUUAUCUCAUAAAAGAUUCAAACCCGACACUGUUAGAUUCAAUGCCACGUGGUGAUGAUGAAUCAAUCAAUACUGAUAAUAAUGUUUCACAAUUAUCGGAUGCGGCUGAUGAUAAUGCAAACGUGAUGGCACCAACCACCACAUCGAUAAUUGGUGCUGAUGGCGAUGAAUCGUCUUCACAGGAUGUGCUGCUUAACCAUAAUCACAAUGAAUCAUCGUUGAAUGGGUCAUUAGAGGAUUCCGAAUCUGCAUCGGUUCCAUAUUCCGAAGAAGAUUUAAGCAGUCAAGGUGCUGCAUCAUGUUCAGUUGAUUCGACAGCCGCCACGAUCGGUUCUGAUGUGUCGGCUGUUUGCACAAUGCCCUCUUCGUUGGGAUCACCUCCAUCGAACAUCAUAGCAUCGAUUACGUCUACGCCAAUAAUUAUUGGUUCACAACCGAUAACCAAUGGUGUCAAUGGUAAUAGUAAUGCAAAUGGCGGUGUCAUCAACACUAACAAUAAUCAAACAACGACAUCAAACACAUCAUCAUCUGGGAUCGGUGAAGAGGAUUCUAAUCUUUCGGCUGACGAUCAUCACCAACAAAGGAUGAUAUCUUUAACGUCAAACAUAGAGAUGAAUCAACAGCCACGAAUGCUAACGCCAUCGGAAGAGAAUUCUGUGGAUAAUUCAGUCGGUGAUGAUGAAGUUUCUUUGGAUGAAGCUCCGCCAAUGAAAAAACAAAAAACUGGAUUAGAUUUGGUCGCAACUGCCGAACCUACAGGUGCGGAAGCUUGAUUAUUCUAUUUAAAACAUUAAAAUGAAUUCGGCUGACCAUUCAACAUUCGUGAACAACUCCAAUUCUCUUCGUCAGUGUGGAUAAAUUUUGCAUACAGAAUACAUUUUAA